AUGAUUUCCUCUUUGUUCAUGCUCGCUGGCUUUGCCGCCUCGGCUCUUGCCCACCCUACCUCUCUGGAAGCUCGCGCUGGCUGCACUUUCACUGACACUGCCUCUGCUAUCGCGGGCAAGGGCAGCUGCUCGACCAUCAUCCUCAAUAACAUUGCUGUCCCUGCGGGAACUACUCUGGACUUGACCAAGCUCAAGGAUGGCACCCAUGUCAUCUUCCAGGGCAAGACUACCUUUGGCUACAAGGAAUGGGAGGGCCCUCUCAUUGCCUUUACCGGAAACAACCUUCUUAUUGAGGGAGCCUCUGGCCACUCCAUUGACUGCCAGGGCCAGCGCUGGUGGGAUACCAAGGGAAGCAACGGCGGCAAGACCAAGCCCAAGUUCUUCAGCGCCCACUCCCUCAAGAACUCCAACAUCAAGAACCUCAACGUCCUGAACACCCCUGUUCAGGCCUUCAGCAUCAACGGCGUCACCAACCUUGGCGUCUACGGUGUUCACAUGGACAACUCUCUGGGCGACACCCAGGGUGGUCACAACACUGAUGCUUUUGACGUCGGAUCAUCCACCGGUGUUUACAUCUCUGGUGCUGUUGUCAAGAACCAGGACGACUGCCUCGCCAUCAACUCUGGCACCAACAUUACCUUCACUGGAGGAAACUGCAGCGGUGGCCAUGGCCUGUCCAUCGGCUCCGUUGGUGGCCGCUCGGACAAUGUUGUCAAGACUGUCCGCAUCCUCAACUCCGUCAUUGCCAACUCUGACAACGGUGUCCGCAUCAAGACUGUUUAUGGAGCGACCGGCUCUGUUUCCGAUGUCAAGUAUGACACGAUCACCCUCCAAAACAUUGCCAAGUACGGCAUCGUCAUUGAGCAGGAUUAUGACAACGGCUCUCCCAAGGGUACUCCCAGUGCUGGUGUUCCCAUCACUGAUGUCACCAUCAACAAGGUCGUUGGCACUGUCAAGUCGAGCGGAACCGACGUUUACAUUCUCUGCGCCAGCUGCAAGAACUGGACCUGGACUGGCAACAGUGUCACUGGUGGCAAGAAGUCUGACAAGUGCAAGGGAGUCCCCACUGGAGCUUCUUGCUAA